CAUGUGACAGCGGCUUGAGGAGGAACCAGUCUUUAAAGCUGUCCCUGAAGUGACAGCGGAGAGAACCAGGAAGCCCAAAAACCCCAGGCAUAGAGAUUGAUCCUGCGAGAGAAGGGGUUUCAUCAUGGCAGAUGACUUAAAGUCAUUCUUAUAUAAAAAGUUACCAAGUGUUGAAGGGCUCCAUGCUAUUGUGUCAGUUAGAGAUAGAGUACCUCUUAUUAAAGUGGCCAAUGAUAAUGCUCCAGAACAUGCUUUGCAACCUGGUUUCUUAUCUAUUUGUGCUCUUGCAACAGACCAAGGGAGCAAACUUGGACUUACAAAAAAUAAAAGUAUCAUCUGUUACUAUAACACCUACCAGAUGUUUCAAUUUAAUCAUUUACCUUUGGUGGUGAGUUUCAUAGCCAGUAGCACUGCCAAUACAGGACUAAUUGUCAGCCUAGAAAAGUAACUUGCUCUAUUAUUUGAAGAAAUGAGACAAGUUGUGGAAG